UCAGGUCAGGACGCCCUUGCCGUUCACCAGAUCGGCCUUCGCUGCGAGCGCAUCGUAAACGAAAUCGGCGACGGCCCGAAUUCGCGGCGUAUGCCUCAGGUCCGGAUGCGCAAGCACCCAGAUGUCCUGUUGCCGGACUGGCUUCUCUUGAGUCAGCCUCACCAGAUUCGGCUCCGGGUCGGCCAUGAAACAUGCCCCCCGGCCCAGGCCAAGGCCUAGGCACAAGGCGCGGUGGCGCGCCGUGAUGUCGUCGAUCCGCAGCCCGAUGGGCGCGUGGGGGAAAGGGGAGCUAUCCAGCCAGUCGGGCCACAU